AUGUCUACUAUCACAACAACCGCGUCAUCUGACUCUAAAUUAGAAACUGUUGGCACUAUAACCAAUAACAGAGGUUAUCAUCUGUCUACACAAGGUAUUCACAAUUUAGCAACUGGGAACGUUGAAUAUGAAAAUAAAAAACCCAUUUAUAAAACAAAAGAAGAGGAACGUAGGGCUACUUUAGAGCAUAUGGCUGGUGUUUUUAGAGUAUUUGGUAGACGUGGUUUUAAUGAAGGUGCCGCUGGUCACAUUUCUGUUCGUGACCCAAUUGAUAGAUCAACUUUUUGGAUCAAUCCAUUAGGUCGUCAUUUUAGUUUAAUAUGUGUUAGCGAUCUAGUUCAUGUUGACGAACAUGGUAAUAUUUUGCCAGACGGUAAUACCAAUUGUGUUAUAAAUACUGCUGGUUUAAAAAUUCAUUCCCAGUUACACAAAGCAAGACCAGACGUUAACGCCGCAUGCCACACUCAUUCUAUUUAUGGUAAAGCAUGGUCAACGUUUGGCAGAGAGUUAGAUAUGUUGAAUCAAGACGUUUGCAUGUUUUAUAAAAAACAUUCUGUUUAUAAAGACUUUGGAGGUGUUGUUUUGGAAGAAGAAGAGGGUAGAAAAUUAGCUAAAGCAUUAGGGCCUGAAAACAAAGCUGUUAUUUUACAAAACCAUGGUUUAUUAACUGUGGGCGAAACUAUUGACGAAGCCGGCUAUUUAUUUACGUUAAUGGAGAGAUGUUGCGAAGUUCAAUUGUUAGUGGAAAGCACUGGCCUACCUAAAAAAAUUAUUGGCGAUGAGGAGGCCUAUUAUACUUAUUUCAAUACUUCUGACCCAGAAACUCUAUACACUGAAUUCCAACCAGAGUACCAAUUGGAAUUAAAAUUAACUAAUGGUGACUUUUUGAAAUAA